AUGCCUCCUAAAAGAAAACAACCCAUCGAACCUACAUCCAAUUUGCUCUCGUCUAUAGAAGCAAUAGUAGAAAGAGCCUUGUUGGCUCAAAAGAAAUCGAUGGAUGAUAUGAUUACGGCAAAGGUGGAUGAAGCCUGUUCAACGUUGGAAAGGAACAUCAUUUGCCUUGAAAAUCAAAACGACAGUUUACAGGAAGCCUUACAAAGUUUGACUGAAAGAGGUGUCCAACAAGGUGAGUCUACUGUUUCUUCUGGUACUGUUCCUUCUAUUACUGUACCGAAGGCAGUUUCUUACAAGGACAAGAAACUGGAGAUAGCAAUCUUGCUAUUGAAACAAGUAGAAGGAUUGUCUGAAACUGACAAGGAAGCUAUGAUGGAGAAUUUGAAUCGUUCUGCCCUUUCUGUUUGUCGUGUUUUCGCUUCCCAAAAUCACAUGGGGACACAAAUGUCCAUGAAUUUCCGAACAGAAAGGCAAAACGCUGAAGCAAAGAAGAUCAUAGAUGAAUAUCAUUAUCAAAUGACACCUUAA